GCUGCCGUUUGCAAUUUUUAUAUAAGCCGAAGAUGGCGUCUUUGUAUGCGCCGUCCAGCAAUGCCGUCUUCGCAGCUACACAAACUAGAAAAACAUUAAAGUUAUGCCCAUUGCUACAAUUAGAACGUAGACGCCCAAUCCAAGGAUCCGCGCCCCAAGGCGGGUCUACGCCGACUGUUCGGCAAUCGCAUUCAUCGCCGUGCCCUCGGCGGACUUCCUCUUGCAUUCGGACAGCAGCUACAGCCUCAGAAUCAGCCGCUGAAGGCGACAAUCCCGAUGUGGCAUCAACCUUCGUGCUUGGGGCGCUAUUCGCUGGGUGGUACGCCGCGAACAUCGCCUUCAAUCUUUACAACAAGCAGGUCUUGAAAGCCUUUCCUUACCCGGUCACUGUGACGGAGGCUCAGUUCCUAGUGGGCAGCGCAUUGUCAGUCCUAAUGUGGAUAAGCGGUAUAAUGAAGCCGCCACGGAUUACUAUGAAAACGCUCCGAAGCGUGUUGCCGCUCGCAGUGGUGCACACGCUGGGCAACCUGCUGACCAACAUGUCGCUAGGGGCGGUGGCGGUGUCCUUCACACACACCAUCAAGGCUGGGGAGCCCUUCUUCUCCGUGUUCCUGUCCGCACUGUUCCUGGGGGACAAGCCCUCCCCCGCGGUGCUGCUCACGCUGCUGCCGGUGGUGGGGGGAGUGGCGGUGGCGUCGAUGACGGAGGCGUCCUUCAACUGGUACGGCUUCCUCUCCGCCAUGGGCUCCAACCUGACCUUCCAGUCUCGCAAUGUGCUCAGCAAGAAGCUCAUGCUGCGCAAGGAUGAGGGCGGGCUGGACAACAUCGGGCUGUUCUGCUGCAUCACGAUGGUUUCGGGGCUGCUGCUGCUGCCGCCCUGCCUGCUGAUGGAGGGGUGGAAGAUGACGCCCGCCACGUUGACACAGCUGGGAGUCGCCGACCCUGCUCAGCUGCUGUGUUGGGCCGUCAUGUCCGGGCUGUGCUUCCACGCCUACCAGCAGAUGUCGUACAUGAUCCUGCAGCGCGUCAGCCCCGUCACGCACUCCAUCGGCAACUGCGUGAAGCGGGUGGUGGUGAUCGCCUCCUCCGUGCUCUUCUUCAAGAACCCAAUCUCCAUGCAGAACGCGCUAGGCACCGCGAUCGCGCUAGCGGGUGUGUUCGCGUACGGGCAAGUGAAGCGAAAGGCGGGGAUGAAAAAAGGCAAGUCAGCAAAGGCGUCAGAGUGAAGGGGG